AUGCCUCCUUCGCCCCAUCCUCCCCUAGCCUGGCUGCAACCAAGUUCGGCGGCAUCCAGGCACUCAUUGAAAAGAACCAAGUUCGCCUCGGUCCUGCCCACUUGGACUCCGGAGGACGCAACUGAAACUUGCCCGGGAGACACGUCUCCCCGGGGACCGAAACCGGCUCGGUGGGGAGCGAGGGGGGCGGCCUCGGCCCCCGCCGUCCCGCACGCCCGCCCGUCACGGAGCGGACCCCCCCACCUCAAGGCGUGCGGGGGCGGGGGCCGCGCGCCCGGGCCUGCCCCUGCGGCGCCCCCUGCCCGGGUCCGGGAAUGGCGGCGUCGGCCGCGCGGGGCCAGCUCCGCGUCCGGCCCGGGAGGACGCCCGGGGAGCUCGCGGCGCGAGGGGAGGAGAGGAAGUUACCUCCGGACGGUCCCGGCUGCGCGGCGGUGGGCAGCGGGCAGGGCGGGCGGUCCGGGGGCCGAGAGUUCCGGCGGCGGCGGUGGUGGCGGUGGCUACCGCAGUGCCCCCCGCCCCAUUGUUUCCCUUCCAAGAGGAUCCCGGCGAAGCCGAGCCCGGGAACCAGGAAGUUCCCCGGCGCGACACCUCCUGCCGCCGCUAUGGAAACGGCCCCCGCCUCCCAGGGCGGCUCGCCCGGGACCCCGCCUCCGCGCCGCCGGCCCCGCCCGCCUCACCGACCGCCGCCAACCGUCGCCGCUGCGGCCGCGGCCGCCGCCAUCUUGGCGCGGCCCGGGCGGCCCCUUCCCGGCGGCACGUGCGCGCCGCCGCGCUCCCGCCGUGCGCGCUCCCGCCGGCCACGGGGGUGCGCGCCCAGGGCUGCAGGUGGGACGCGAGUCCACCGGAGCCCCUCGGCGGGAGGCCGCCCCUUCUGACCCGGGCGCCGCGCUAAAGGCCCGGGGUCUGCGGCGGAGAACGACCGACAUGCGUGUGUGCAGCUGACUGGUCAAGAGGGCGGCUGAGACCUGUGGGGACGUCUCUCUUCUGGUGCAACUGCUUACCGGGUGUCAGACCUUGGACACUUAAAUGUUUUCUGUGCCUCAGUUUCUCCAUCUGGAAAGUGGGAUAGUAAUAGUACCUGCCUCAUGAGACUGUGACCUGGAACAAGCAAGUGCUUGGUAGUUGGUAAUUAUCUGUUCGAUAAAAUGGCAUUGCUUCUGA